AUGAACAAUGGCAAAAAGCAGGCGCUGAAGCACACCAUAUCCGAAGACACCAUGGACGACAGAGCACUGAAGACGAUGCUUUCACGCGCGAAUCAAUUCAACGCCAGGCCACGGCGAGAUGACAUCGAGGUCGAAAGCAUCCCACGGCUGAGCAUCAACGAGACUUCAACAAACGAGGGGCUGUCGGGUUCCUAUUUCGCGUUGCCCGAGCACAACGAAUUGGAGCGCAGCUUCGACUGGUGCAACUGGAUAGGCGACGAGAUGGAACUCUUGUGGCGGAAGGGCUUCUCGUCGAUCGCCCAGGGCAGAGCGCCGCCAGCGGUGGCGCUCCAAUCUAUGAUCCUGCUCGCCUGCGACGACAUAUAUGAGGCGGUGCUUCCUGGAUUCGAUCCCAUGGAGAUAACCCACCUGAAGACGUACAGGAAGGAUACCUUGGAAGGCAGCGCCCGCGACGAGCUGCGCCUUAUGCGCGACGACGAUACGACGGUUGUCGGGGAUAUACAGAUGGGCUUUGAAACGCCGGAGGCCCUGCGCACCUACUUGAAAAAGGCACGCAUGCUCGUCAACGUCGUGGAGAUACGGGGUGCAAAGGCGCAGGGCGCACCGCAGUAUCAUCCAACAUUCAUACUCGAUACUCGAUACUGGUCGGUCUACAUCUACUUUCCGAACAGCAACGGGGGCGCAGGACCCUGA